GGGAGAGUGGCGGGUCUGGGCUGGGAUUUCAGACUCAGCCCUGAGGCCUGCCGCAGUCCUGAGCAUUUGUCGUCACCAUGGGAGCAGCGAGUAAUGAGGGCAUGUCUGCUUUCAGAUUCUGGUCCGGACUGCUGAUUGCGCUGGGCUCCCUCUGCCCUAGAAGUUCACCGUGUGGCAUUUCAACACACAUAGAAAUAGGACAUAGAGCCCUGGAGUUUCUCCACCUUCAGCAUGGGCAUAUUAACUACAAAGAGCUGUUACUUGAACACCAGGAUGCAUAUCAGGCUGGAGCUGUGUUUCCUGAUUCGUUUUACCCCAGCAUCUGUGAAAGAGGACAAUUCCAUGACGUAUCUGAGAGGACUCACUGGACCCCAUUUCUUAAUGCAAGCGUGCAUUACAUCCGGGAGAACUAUCCCCUCCCCUGGGAUAAGGACACAGAGAAGUUGGUAGCUUUCUUGUUUGGCAUUGCCUCUCACAUGGUGGCAGAUAUCAGCUGGCACGGGCUGGGUAUUGAACAAGGAUUCCUUAGGACAAUGGGAGCUGUUGAUUUUCACGGCUCUUAUUCGGAGGCGCACCCUACUGGUGAUUUCGGAGGAGAUGUAUUGAGCCAGUUUGAAUUUAAUUUUAAUUACCUCGCACGGCACUGGUACGUGCCUGUUGAAGAUCUACUGGAAAUUUACAAGAAACUCUAUGGCCAAUCAGUCAUCACCAAAAACGCCAUUGUUGACUGUUCAUACCUUCAGUUCUUGGAAAUGUAUGGUGAGGUGCUAGCUAUUUCCAAGCUUUAUCCCACUUUUUCUUUGAAGUCCCCGUUUCUGGUGGAACAAUUUCAAGAAUACUUUCUAGGAGGACUGGAUGAUAUGGCGUUUUGGUCCACGAAUAUUUACCAUCUAACCAGUUUUAUGUUAGAGAAUGGCACCAGUGACUGCAUCCUACCUGAGAACCCUCUGUUCAUCGCAUGUGGCGGCCAACAAAACAACACUCAGGGCAGCUCACAAGUACAGAAAAAUGAUUUUCAUAGAAAUGUGACUGGAGCCCUGACUAAAGAUAUUGAAAAACAUAUAAACUAUACCAAAAGAGGAGUGUUCUUUAGUGUGGAUUCCUGGACCUCGGAUUCCUUAUCCUUCAUGUACCAGAGUUUGGAGAGGAGCAUUCGGGAAAUGUUUAUCGGCAGCUCUCAGCCAGUGAAGCAAGUUUCUAGCCCCACAGCAUCUUACUACUUGUCAUUUCCUUACACAAGGCUUGGUUGGGCAAUGACCUCAGCUGACCUCAACCAGGAUGGACAUGGAGACCUGGUGGUGGGCGCCCCAGGCUAUAGUCACCCAGGCCACAUCCAGGUGGGGCGAGUGUACCUCAUUUAUGGCAAUGAUCUGGGCUUGCCCCCUGUUGAUCUAGACCUGGACAAGGAGGCCCACAGGAUCCUGGAGGGUUUCCAGCCCUCAGGUCGGUUUGGCUCAGCCGUGGCCGUGCUGGACUUUAACAAGGAUGGUGUGCCUGACCUGGCAGUGGGAGCCCCCUCGGUGGGCUCUGAAAAACUGACAUACACAGGUGCUGUGUACGUCUACUUUGGUUCUAAAUACAGAGGAAUAGCUUCUUCCCCCAAUAUCACCAUCUCUUGCCAGGACACCUACUGUAACUUGGGCUGGACCCUCCUGGCAGCAGAUAUGGAUGGAGAUAGGGAGCCUGACCUGGUGAUCGGCUCCCCUUUUGCACCUGGUGGAGGGAAGCAGAGGGGAAUUGUGGCUGCGUUUUAUUCUGGCGCCAGCCACAGCAACAAAGAAAAGCUGAACGUGGAGGCAGCCAACUGGGUGGUGAGAGGCCAGGAGGACUUCGCCUGGUUCGGAUACUCUCUACACGGUGUCAAUGUGAACAACGGGACCUUGCUGUUGGUUGGGAGCCCAACCUGGAAGAAUGCCAGUAGUUUGGCCCAUUUGUUCCGAACUCGGGAUGAGAAACAGAGCCUGGGACGGGUGUAUGGCUAUUUCCCGCCAAACUGCCAAAGUUGGUUUACCGUGUCUGGAGACAAGGCAAUGGGGAAACUAGGGACCUCCCUGUCAAGUGGCCACGUGAUGGUGAAUGGGACCCGGACGCAAGUGCUGCUGGUUGGGGCUCCAACUCGAGAUGACGUGUCUAAGGUGGCAUUCCUGACCAUGACCUUGCACCAGGGUGGAAGCACUCGGAUGUAUGAACUGAAGCCUGAUUCGCAGCCUUCUCUGCUCAGCACCUUUAGUGGAGACCGCCGCUUCUCCCGAUUCGGUGGCGCUCUGCACUUGAGUGACCUGGACAAUGAUGGCUUAGAUGAAGUCAUCAUGACAGCCCCAUUGAGGAUCACAGAUGUCACCUCUGGACUGAUGGGGGGAGAAGACGGCCGUGUUUACGUAUAUAAUGGCAGACAGAUCACCUUGGGAGACGUGACAGGCAAAUGCAAAUCAUGGAUAACUCCAUGUCCAGAAGAAAAGGCCCAAUAUGUACUGAUUUCUCCUGAAGCAGGCUCCAGGUUUGGGAGCGCUGUGGUCACUGUGAGGUCAAAGACAAAGAACCAAGUUGUUGUUGCUGCUGGAAGGAGUUCUCUGGGAGCCCGACUCUCUGGGGCGCUUCACAUCUACAGCCUCGGCCAAGAUUAAAGAUGUCGUUCUACCUUCCUAGCCUGCCCCUCUCUCUCACACCGAGUCAUCUCCAGGGUGAGCGUUCUAGUGGACAAAGUGGCACAUCCAGUGGACCCUGGUCAAUGCUACUGGAGGCGGGGCCCCUGUGAGUGAAGAUACACACACUAACAGCCUGACCAUCUGGAAAGAGGAUACAGACAAGGGUGACAACAUCAAAGUAUGUGAAAGAGUGGAUACUCCGGUUAUGCAUGUCCCCUUCCAAAGUUUACUUUCUGGCUUCCUUUGCCUCUAAGCUUACUCCUCACUUGUUUCCUGUACUCAGACCUGCUGUACAACCUAUUUCCUCUUCCAAAGGAGCCACCUAUGUCUUUCUGAUGCCUGGAAAGGCCCCUCUCUGAUGACCUUGUAGAUAAAACCGCUGUUAACAAUUUCUCCUAAAAAAAUGCUUUUAAAAUUGGUGACCAUUCCAAUCACAGUGACACAGAAAGCACAGUAUACAUGAAAAAGCACAAGGAGAAACAGAGCGUGGAGAAAAGUACAGGGCUGAGGGCUAACCUCACAACUCCAAAAAGCAUGCUGUAAAGGAUGUGGUCCUUUCUUAGGAGGACUAUUUACUGUAUUUCUAAUGUUUCAUGCACCGAAGGACACAUAUAAAAAUCGUCUUAGUCUGUCCUCAGUUGCUUUCGGAGAAAUGACCGUUCUGAGAGCUGAUGACCCUCCGCUAAUCUGCAGUGGUCCCACAAGGUGCCUGGGGGGCAUUAGGCUGUCACAAGUUGUGCCAACAGAACUAGAGAAGAGAGAUCUGUCUUGAGGCUGAAAAGAUCAAAAGGGAUCAAGAGGAGGGGUGCAGGCCUGGGCUUCCCUUGUUCCUGGGCUGGUCCCAGUAGAUCAGAUCUCUGCACGUCCUGCAGGGUGGCAGAGUUAAGGGAAAGGAGCGUACCCCAGAAUUUCAGCUUCACUAAAAUUUUGCUGGGAUUGUUACUGUCAACAGCACUUAGUGAAUUCUACAGCUGUUGGGGAAGAACCUCUUUCUUCUGACACUAGUGAAAGGAUACUAAAAGCGGGAGAAAAUAACACACGCCCAGUGCCCUUCUCUUCUCAGCUUCCCAAGCGGCAGUACAGAGAUUGGUCGGGGACGGGGAUCCAGCUGAAGAGUACAGUUAAAGUAGAAAUCGGGGGAAAGCUACUGGAAUUACAAUUGAGAGCAUGAGGUGAGUACAUACAGGGAAACAAGAGGCAGAUUUGAUACCCAGACAGGACCCUGGAUCACUCCUGGCUCAUCUUUCUUACACAGGUAGGCUAGCUGCAUGAGUUCCCUACGGCACAGCAAAAACCACCCAGAAAAUACCAUUUGGUUUUCAGUUAACAAUUACUGGCAGCUCAACCUAUUUGAAGAAUUAUUUUUAAUUCAAGGGAAGUUUCUUUUGAGGGGAUUAAAAUUUACUUAGUUGUACUGACUUACGAGUUGAGAAGUCUGAGUGCAGAACAAGCUGACAGGGCACUUUAGUUGAGGUAUAUUCUCAGCACCAGAUCUUUUCCUUAGAAAGAUGCACGCCUUCAACUGCCGUCGCUCUAGAAGUGUCAGGCUUCACUAAGUGAUAGGGACUAUGUUUAAACAGGAUCAUUCUUUACCUGAGGAUUUAUAUUUUCUUCAAUGCCUGAACAUACCAGAUAAGCAAGCCGCAGGAUGUUAAAUUUUAUGAAGUCGGAAGUUUUCAUGUAGCAUAUUUAAUGAUAGUAAUCUCAUUUUCAAAAAUUAUAUUGUACUCUUGUGUAUAUGAUAAAUAUGUAAAAACCUGGCAUACAGGAAAAAACCCUCAAUACUUGACAAUCUUAUUAUCCUGAUAGGGGAAUUAAAUUUUCACGUUACUAUGUAUUAACUGUAGUUGUAAGCAAUGAUUCU